UUAAAAUAGUGACCAAAAAUUGAACUAAAACUAGCCGAAUCACAAAAAGAUAUGAAAUUUGAUAUAAGAGUUAUUUUGACUUAAUCUAAUGUUUUAAUAACACCUUCUGAAUUCGUGUACAUUAUUUUUACUUUAUGGAUAGUAUUGGAAUCCAAAAUCAUGGCCUAUAGUAAAGUACUAUACAAAAGUCAUGUACUCCCGACGUUACUUAAACACCCCUCAGUUAUUAGACAAGUUUGUCAGUUUCAUCAUAUUUCAAUUAACAAGAGACUAGUUUCUCUCACACCUAAUAAAUUAUCAACUUCAAGUCUGAAAAAUUUGACAGCAUUCAAUUUUACAUUUUUACGACAUAAUAGUGGUGAGAGUAAUGAACAAAUUUCUUCAGUUACCUCUGGUAAUGACGAUUCUUUAGAUUUGACUGAAGAUGUUAUACCUGAACGGCCCGAAGUACCUAUUGAAGCAUCUGUUGAACAUGUAGAAAAAGUUUUGAAUACAUUAGGAGAAGAAACAUUACAAAGUGCUGGACUUGGUGCAUACACUCCAGUUGGCUUGUUACAAAAUGGUUUAGAGUUUAUGCAUGUUUCUUGUGGUUUGCCAUGGUGGGGUGCAAUUAUUGCAGGUACUGCAAUUCUACGUUUGUUAGUUUUUCCUUUGGUAGUUGUAUCUCAACGACAUGCAGUAAAAAUGAAUAAUAAUAUGCCUCAGGUACAAGCAUAUCAACAAAAAAUUACUGAAGCUCGAUUAUAUGGGAACCCAUAUGAAAUGGCAAGAGCUUCACAAGAACUUAUGUUAUUUAUGAAAACUCAUCAAGUAAAUCCAUUGAAAGGAAUGAUAUUACCGGCAGUUCAAUUUCCUAUAUUUUUAAGUAUGUUUUUGGGUUUAAGAGGAAUGGCAAUGUUACCUUUGGAAAGUUUUAAAUAUGGUGGUCUUUGGUGGUUUACUGAUAUUACAAUGCCUGAUCAGUAUUUUGUAUUGCCUAUUGUCACUGUUAUCACUCUUGGCAUAACAUUAGAGCUUGGUGCAGACAUUGGUAAAUUAACUUCAUCAAAUGCUGGAUUUGGAAAGUAUCUGAAAUACGGUGUUCGUGUAAUACCUCUAAUUGUUUUUCCAUUUAUUGUGAAUUUUCCAUGUGCAGUAUGUUUAUAUUGGGCAUCUACAAAUUUUAUUUCACUAGCACAAGUUAUGUUUUUAAAAAUACCUAGCGUAAGAAAUUAUUUUAAUAUAGAAGAAAAAAAGAAAAUUGAACCUUCCAAAUCAAAAAAGAAAGGAGUGGUUACAGAAUUUAAGGAAUCCUGGAGAAAUAUGCAAGUUGUGAAAGAAAUUGAAGAAAGGGAGCGCUUAGAUCACAUGAAGUUCACUCAAGCCGGGCGUGCUGCACCAGUUAAGACAUUUAAAUAUAAUCCAAAAGUUGUGGGUAACUUAAAAAAUGAUAAUUGAUCCAAAUUAUAGUAAUAUAGUCAAC